GGCACCCUAGAUAUUUUAAUCAACUUUCAACUGGAUUGGACAUGGUUGGAUUGGCAGCAGACUGGCUGACAUCAGCAGCAAAUACUAAUAUGUUCACCUAUGAAAUUGCUCCAGUGUUUGUACUUUUGGAAUAUGUCACACUAAGGAAAAUGAGAGAGAUGGUUGGCUGGCCAGGGGGCUGUGGCGAUGGGAUAUUUUCACCUGGUGGUGCCAUAUCUAACAUGUAUGCUAUGUUGAUUGCACGUUUCAAGAUGUUCCCAGAAGUUAAAGAAAAAGGAAUGGCAGCUAUUCCCAGGCUGGUUGCCUUCACAUCAGAACAUAGCCACUUUUCUGUGAAGAAAGGAGCUGCAGCCUUGGGUAUUGGUACAGAUAGUGUGAUUUUGAUUAGAUGUGAUGAAAGAGGGAAAAUGAUCCCAUCAGACCUUGAAAGAAGAAUUCUUGAAGCCAAACAAAAAGGAUUUGUUCCUUUCCUGGUGAGUGCCACAGCUGGGACAACAGUGUACGGGGCAUUUGAUCCACUCAUAGCUAUUGCAGACAUCUGCAAGAAAUACAAAAUCUGGAUGCACGUGGAUGGAGCAUGGGGUGGCGGGCUCCUGAUGUCAAGAAAGCACAAAUGGAAGUUAAAUGGUGUUGAAAGGGCCAAUUCAGUGACCUGGAACCCUCACAAGAUGAUGGGCGUCCCGCUGCAGUGUUCAGCCCUGCUAGUAAGAGAAGAGGGAUUGAUGCAGAGUUGCAAUCAGAUGCAUGCUUCCUACCUCUUUCAACAAGACAAGCACUAUGACCUGUCUUACGACACAGGAGACAAGGCUUUGCAAUGUGGACGGCAUGUUGAUGUCUUCAAGCUAUGGCUGAUGUGGAGGGCAAAGGGAACCACAGGAUUUGAAGCACAAAUUGAUAAGUGCUUGGAACUUGCAGAAUACCUGUACAAUAAAAUAAAGAACAGAGAAGGAUAUGAAAUGGUGUUUGAUGGAAAGCCUCAGCACACAAACGUCUGCUUCUGGUAUAUACCUCCCAGCUUGCGCAGCAUGGAAAACAACGAAGAAAGAAUGGGCCGCCUUAUGAAGGUGGCACCAGUGAUAAAAGCCAGGAUGAUGGAGUAUGGCACAACCAUGGUGAGCUAUCAGCCCCUGGGAGACAAAGUGAACUUCUUCCGGAUGGUCAUCUCAAACCCCGCAGCAACUCACCAAGACAUUGAUUUCCUGAUUGAUGAAAUAGAACGCCUAGGACAAGAUUUAUAAUAAUUGGGUGUGAAAAUCUGUUCCUGGACCUCUAAGUAGACAAUUAAGUUGUCACAAACUGUCCGAAUGUAUUUGUAGUUUGUUCCAAAGUACAUCUAUUUCUAUAUUGUGGUGUUGGAGUAGAGUACAGUUUAAAAUCAAGAAACAUGGCUCCUUUAAAGUCCUUUCCUCAGUUUUAGAAUACCUCCUUAAUAAUUAGCUGCACAAAAAGCUGCAUUGAAGCAAAUAAGGAAGAACAGAAGAUACUUAAAAAUUUAUCCCCAAUUUUAACACAGCAACUACUUUAAAUUAAAACCAGUCAGACUGAAUGAUGCCAAAUUUGCCCAAAAUGAUGACAGAAUCAAAUUGGGGGAAGUGGGAGGGGGCGGUGAGAAGCAGAGUAUACAAGCUGUAUGUUUAAAAGUGAAAGUAUUUUGCCUUUUUCGUAGUAUUAGAACAGAAUUUCUAAUUUACCUAUAGCAACAUUUCAAAUGUAUUUAAAUAGGUAUAGUUUUACAAAAGGAAAUAUAUAUAUAUAUAAAAAAAUCCUAUUUUGUAAACUAUAUUUUUAUUUUAUAUGGGUUAUAAAACUGCAAGGACAGAAGCUGAAAAUUAACUGGGAUUCUUUUUCUUUUGAUGGAGGUGCCUCAAAUAUUUAUUACUGCUUAUUUUAAAAUAUAAGCCCACAUACUACAUUCUUAAGAGGUACCAAUACCUCAUUUCUCCAUGUCAUAUGGAUUUUACAUCUCCAGGGUUGAUUACCGAAAAACCUCAAUACUACUGCAGCUCUUAAAACCACUUAAUAAGAUCAAUUACAGUACAACAAUAGGAUGCUAUUAUUCCUAAUGAUGUUUCCCACUUGGCCUAACUAAGCAGACGCACAAUCAAUAUACAG